AUGGAAAUCCAACAAACCAUCAACAUUAUCGUCCAACCCAACGCUUCAGCCCAGAAUCCGUACGCUUGGGAUGAGCCAGAAGCCGAUGGUGUCUUCAGACCGGAAAAUCAUAUUGGACAGCCGACUGUCAAGAAAGUCAUCGAAUACCUGUACCUUGUUAAUGGCAUCGCUGGGGGAUUACUUUCAUUUGCUCUACUUUUUAUUGUGUUAACACAAUCCAACGGUCCUCUACAACACUAUAAACGAAUGUUACUCUUGUGUUGUUCAUCCGACAUUGGUUUCUGGAUUUGCGACAAUAUUGUGGAGGUGGUGAGUUGAAAAAUUAAUUUUAACAAGGUUGUAGUUAAGUUUACUAUUUCUUGCUCUUACUGUGAUAUGUUAGCAAAAAUUGCUAAGUAGUAUAUUUGGUGUAACAUAGUAAGAGGAGGGAUGGUAAAUUCAAAUUUACUUUGUCUACCUCUUGUCUUAUAAGUUAUAGGUUUGAUAGUUUAGUAACCUCUACAAACCUGUCAGCUUUUCAAAAUUUUUAUUUUGAAUAUCGACAGGAAAAAUCAUGUUUAAAUGAAAAAUAUUGAAAUAUCUGCCAUGCUGGUACCUUUUUUAUGUUUGCUUAUAAUGUUUUUUGAUGGGAUGAUUUGUUAUUAGGUUAGGCACCGGGCAGUUUGCCCUGCCCCGUCGGGCAAAAAAAACUACCAAAACUGAAGUGCUCUGUACCGGGCAGUCUGUAGCAGGACACAGGGCGCGGGAAAUCAUCAAUGCCCCGUUUUCUGUCUAACCUUGUUUGUCAGUCAUUCCUAGUUCACAGUAAUAAUCAAACAAAAUUAUGCUUUGUUACCUAAACUUUAACUUUUUCAUGUUUUGGAAACUUUUAUUUUUUAUUUUUUAUUAUAACCACAAUAUAGUUUUUUUUCUAAUGUUACAUAAUUGUUUGUCGCCUUUACUUUUGUUUUCCUAUUUAUAUAUACCAUACAGUAAAACUACUUUUUCUCGACUUACUGGGAGGUUACUUGUUAGACUACACGCAAUUUAUAUAAUAUUUACAAUUUUUUCCUUACGCAGAACUUGAAAUAUGAAUAUUUAUGACAGUGUAAUGUAAACCGUGUUUUAAUUUUGAAAUUUAGACACAAACUUCAAAUGUAUAAUACAUGUAUAACAUAAUAUAACAAGCUUUGUGCUGUAACACAAUUUACAGUAUUCGCUACUGUUCAGUUGUACAAAGUUAUUGUUUUAAGUAUUACUAAGAAUAGCAAACUUUAAAUUUGUUACAAUUUAUAGACAAAGGCUGUUUGAAGUAUCUGACACAAAAUUGUAAGAAAAAAUACAUUUUGAAGCAAUUACAAAUAAACGCAAUUGUUGAAGUUAUUUUACAUUGUAACUUGAUUCCACUUUUGUAGUUUCAAAAGUGGUCAAGUUAUAAUACAGUGGUAAAAAGUUAAAUUUAAGCUCGAAAAGUUUUUUUAAAUUAACUUUCAGCUUUAGAAAAAUCAAUUUUACUUCAUAAUUCAUUGAAAUAUCAACUUGAAACAGAAUGCCAAAAAUGGCGCUAAAACGGAAAUUUGAACUUUUAAAGAAAGUAAACCGCUAAGUUAUUAUUUAAAUCCUAAAAUAUUUUAAUUAAAAACUCAAGUGUGAGUAAAUAAAAAAGCAAAUGCUUUCUGACGAAAUGCCAAAAACGGCGCCAAAACAAAAUUUAAUUUUUUUUUUAAAAACCCAAAAUUCCAUUAUUUUAGAGAGCAAAACUGACAGAAGGAGUGUUCAUGAUAACAUUCGAAGGCCCAGCAAAGUAUGCUUCGUACGAUGUUCAGUUACAUGCCAUGUGUUGGUACGUAUGUCAACUUACAUUCAUGCAUACCAUACUACCUUCACAGUACUUUUAUCGUUACUACAGUGUUUCACGGUGGGUUCUUGUUACAAAACAGACAUUUAUAUGAUUAAUUGCUAAUAAAAUGUACAUAAGAUUAGUAACGGCCUCCGCAAAAAAAUGUAUUUAUAUGAUGUUAGUAAAGGCACCAAGUAAGAACAUGUACAUAUAUAACCUAAACAAGGCUUAUACUUUGUAUUUUACUUUCAGGAUGCGACCGUUAAACACGAAGCAAACAUUGGGUUUGUACUUUAUAUCUUUGUCAGCUACUAUUCCUAUGUACUACUACAGUUACCAGGCCUUUCGUUACUCUGCUCUGAUCAAGCCUGGAGUCAACUAUGCCAAGUACUUUUACGAUGAACAGCCGAUACCUUCUUUACUUGUCGGAGACUUGGUAGAGAAUUUUUAUUGAUUUGUAACAUUACAUUAUAUAAUAGUAGGUUGUUCAAACAAUCCUGUGUUCAAAGCAAAUUUUUGGGAUUAAAGGGAACAGAAUUAUUUGAACAAGCUAAUAUUGUAGUAGGAAAAACUUUGCAUAAUUGUAAAGGAAUUACGAUAGAAAUAAUGGUUUACCUUAUUAUGUAUUUUUUCGUUUACCUUACUACUUGCUAAAGUAUGUUGUCUAAAAUGCCAUUUUUAGGACGACCUCCGGAUGAAAUUAUACUUCCUUGGUGCAACUUUGGCCGUUGGUGGUUCUUACGCCCUUAUAUUGUUCAUUGCUGUCAUUACAUUAAAGAAUUUGAAUUUUAAUAGUAACAAGUUUACAACGAAGACGAAGGAAAUGCAGCAUCAGUUGUCUAUGGUACUUUUUUUUCAGGUGAGCUAAAGUUCAAAACGUUUUUAUUACUUUUAUUUAUUGGAGGAAAAAUUAAUGUUUUACCUAAAAAAAUGUUUAUUUAACAACAGGUCAUUGUUUUUGGUUUUGUGACAAGAUCUGUAAAGAGAUGUCAUUGGUCUUGAGUGAGAACGUGUUGAUCCGGUCCUACGAUCGGGCCGCUUGAGCUAAAGUUGAAACGGGUUGGGCUUAAAAGAUGGGCUUAGCUUGCGGGCUGAGCUUAAAAAGUAGUCCCGGACUUUAACGUUUUUUGCUUUUUUUGGGUACUACAAUCAAUAAAUGUUCUGAAAAACUAUGCAAAACAAAAUUUUCGGGACCGAUGAACAAUCAUUCCCCCAGCUACAAUCAUUCCCCCAAGCGCAAAAUCAUUCCCCACAAAGUUAAGUUGAACUUAACUUGUACUAGUCCAGAAGGUAUUGGCUCAGGUGAGGGUUGGGAACGAUCCAAGUGUUGGAGCUGUUGAACCAUCGCGCGACUAG